CCUUACACCCACCCGUCAACAACCCACCCUCCACCCACGCCCACUGCCCUUGCCCACAAUUUUGACACCCUUAGCCUCCGUGACCCCACUUGGUACAUGGACACGGGAGCGUCACAUCAUAUAGCCUCUGACACAGGAUAUGCAGACAGGGUCCGUGAUUCAUCGGUCCAAUGAUGCCGGUCCGCUCUACCCCAUGUGCCCAUCCGCAACCCAGGCCCAAGCCCAUGCUGUCUCCGCUGAUCCAGAGCUCUGGCACCGGCGUUUGGGCCACCCUAGCCAUGCCGUCCUUCGUGGAGUUCCCAGUUUAUCUCAGUGUCUUAAUAAACAAUUUCAACAUUCUUUGUGUCAUGCAUGUCAGUUGGGAAAGCAUGUUCGCCUCCCUUUUAUGUCAUCGAGUCGUAUUUCUGUUUUUCCAUUUCAAUUACUUCAUACUGAUUUGUGGCAAUCCCCAUUACCCAGUGUUACAGGCUUUAAGCAUUA